AUGAGCACCCAUCAGACGGAUCCGAUGGCGGCCCAACCCCUUCAUGAGUCGCAGCCGGUCAGCAUUCAUGGGAAGAUUGCCCAUGAGGAUGUGCACAGUUGCGAGGAUGACGAGGAAGGCAAUCACGGGGGUUGGCGCGCUCCGCGUUUCUCCGAACCGGCCACUCCGGAGACGAUGUCGCUGGAAAAAGACCAAUGCCUUCACUUGGCUCCUACACCGCUAAAUUCAGUUGUGGUUGACACGUUCUGCGCACCGCCACCCCAACCCAAGGGGGAAGUCUUCGGGGUCCCAGUCUUCCGGCGCUGCCUAGCCAAAGCAGUAAGUAGUUAGAUCCGAUGUAACCCUGUCUACUGUUAAUGUUUUAAGUAGCUAUUUUUGCUUAUAUUAUUUAUGUUUAAACUUACAGAAACGAAGGCGUAAGUCCCAGAAAGUGGUCGCGGAGAAGGAGACAUGAUCGCUGGAACAAGUGCUCUAGUAGCCUGAUUCUCACUCAAAUCCAUCAUCAGUGACAUAUUCAGAUAAGGGUGGUAAAUUGCCCUGGUGUUGGUACCUUACGGGCUCUCUCUUGAGACCACCCAGCAGCCACAUCAUGGCGCAUGAUAGAGGCAAAAUAGCAUUACCGAAAAAGACGGAAGGACUCGAAUGGCCAUUUCUGGCUUAUUAGCCGUCGUCAGUCAGUCAUAUCCAACUCCGAAGUGUAGAAUAGCUGGCGCUCGAUCUCGCGACCUGUUGGUUGGAUGUUCAACGCCUCUAAUCACUGGCCCACGGGCUAGUUGUCCUGUCGGUUGCGAUCGGGAAUAUACAUUGGUAGAAGGGGGCGCUCACCGAUCGUUUUUACAGACCUCACUCUGCCUAUAUCCUGCGUCGCUGUGAAGCCGCUGGUUGGGCCCGAGAGAGGCACAACGGUACGACUGAUUUCCGUAAAAAGAUCGGUGAGUGCCUCCCCCUCUAUCAUUGUGUAUUCCUGAUCGCAACCAACAGGACAACGAGCCCGUGGACUUCUAACUAGCAGGUCGAGCCCCAGGUGGUCCAUACAUUGGGGUUGGGUACAACUGGCUGAGGACGGUUUAUGAGCCAGAAAUGGCUUCACCAAUCACCCUUGUCUUUGUCGGCAACGCCAAUCCGCUUACUUUUGUCGGGAGCAGUUUAUGCAGUCAGAUUUAUAUCGCUCCCGCCGUGCUGACAAGUAUUGACGCGGCACUGAAAACCACCUGAAAGCCUUCGUUAUCGUUUACAUGACGGUCGAUAUUACGUAGGUAGUCAUCCUGCUAACAUAUGACUAAUCCGAAGGGUUCAGUCAAACUGGGAUGGAUGAGAUCAAGGCCCAGCCCAAGGGGUCGAUCGUUUUUCGUUUUUCGGCACGAUUUAUUAACAAUACCCCAAAACUUUGGUGUGCAGAUAGCACAAGAAGGCUUAUUGCGUAGAUCAUCCAGCAGAAAUGACCGGAUACAUAGAUUGCUUUCUACUACUUGCUUUCGGAAAAGUAGGAUAAGCAGGAUCCUCUGUUGAGAAUCCCGUCUUCGAGCGCGUCUACGACAGUCUUCCGAAAACAGAUAGAGAGAAUUAGUUUGCUUGUAAAACUGCUUCUAAACGGUGAUCUACACUGAGAACAUAUCCACACUCCCUCUGCAGUAAAAACUGGCAAUAUGGUCGAUUAGCACUGUUAAAAAUGAAAGACAGACGACCCUUCGAAUUGGGCUAUGGCCUCCUGCAUUCCAGUUUAACCCUACCUUAUGACAGGGACGCGUCCUUCAGGGCAUCGCCAGAGACUGGAGAACCAGUGCCCGAAACACCAACAUACAAUAGACUCCGUCGCCUCAACUGCCCUCGCACGUUCAGCCACCGCAUGGGCCUAUCCGGUCACAUGCGCAUUCAUGAAAACCUGUCGGAAAACACCGCCGGCUAUACCAUUCCGUCACCUCCUUCCUCACCAGCAUCUACAACGUACUUUCACAUCAUCCAUCAUUUCGCAACGCAAGCAUAUAAUGGAUACCUCUCCACACCAGUGGGAAAUGUGUUUUUUGGCUCCUUGCCCAUCUGACUCCUCUGCUGUUUGGUUUGGAAGGCUGCUGACUGAUGCUUCAACUAAGACCGCCCACUCGACCCAGUCGUGUGUGUGUUUAUGGAUGGUGCCUGACUGGUGAACUGAGAGUCAUGCCGCAAUGGCUCUUUUUUGAUGUGACCGUUAUGGCACUCACACUUACUGGGAUCCGAGCCGGGUGUGGCGGGACGUCUAGGGGCGGCUCCGGCCAGCUUCCCGCGCCCUCUUCCGCCUCCGGUCUUUUUGACUGUGUCUUGACACAGGACUCAGGUGGUGAGGAGGAGGCGGAGGAGGAGAUCGUGCGGUAUAUGCUGCGCAGUCUACUAUCGCCGGAAAUUAAUUCACGCGCAAGUCACCGUCAACAUUCUCCUCCCGCUAUAGUGCACACAGUUGACAUUCUCAAAACCGAUAGUCGAACCAUUGCAGCAGACAUAGACUAACUUGUUAGUUAUCUUAGAUUCACCUUUUUCUUGUAGCAUCUGCAGGUGUUCGUGUGUCAUUUUGGGCAGGAGCAAACGACCGAGAAAGGGCACAUUGAGAUCGUGUUACUUGUCAGCUUAGUUGUGUGUGACUUACAGAACACCAGUAAGUGGGCUCAUAAAGGAAGCAGUACACAGAGUUAGACCUCUGUUAACCACCCUUUUCUGAUUCUUCCGUGAAUCGAGCCCACAACGCUCUGAAAGUCGGAUAUAAGUGCGUUAAAAGAGAGGACAGACAGGUAAAAAGACCUUAAAGUGAAGGACUUCUAUUUUAGAAAUUUUAGCGCUUUUUUGCAAUGUGAAUUUUUGCACUGCAGUUAACGGCAGGUUGCCAGUGGAGAAGAAAAUCUUAUGUGCCAGGGAGAGCUGCUAGCUACUGAGGUUUUUCUGAAUUUCUUCACAUGUCCGCAAGGGAACCGGAGGAAGACAGAAAAAGCCACAAAUAAAAAUCGCCUCGGUGGGAUUUCGAGAAUCACGAGACCUAAAACGUCUCGGACUAAGGGAAUUCGUAGUUGCGAAAGUACUCCCAAUUUCUGUGGCACCCAGGUUUCCGUUUAAGGUCUCCUUGGAAAACAAAACACUAAUUCCACAUUUUUGAAGUAGAUAUUGUGCCUGAAUCUAUGUCUCGGAUAUCGGCAAUUAAUGCUUUAAUCGCCCAGAUCUUUUCAUCUUUUAUGUUUUGUUUGGCUAAUGCAAACCUAAAAGGCUUGUGUCCUCUCGCUCUAUUUCAAGCUUCUCGGUGGAAUGCGCCCGGCUAGAGUCGGCAAAUCGGACGUGGAAGAGGCCAAAAAGGUGGAUGAGGAAGACGGCGGCGAAGUUCUGCCAUUUGAUGUUAGCUGA